AUGCAACCCAAACGUCCCUCCAGCCCGUCCAAAUCCCUCGAACCCUCGCCCAUGGCCGACAUCAGCCUCUCACUCCGCACAGCCUUCAUGGACAACACACACUACCGCCGCGAGAGCGACUCUCUAUCCACCAGCGCCCUCAGUUCCGCCAGCGGCAGCCCGACCUCCUCCCCAACCUCCGGCUGGCCCUGGCGCAAGCACCGAUUCUCGGGCUCCCACACCACUGAGCCGAACAGUCGGGAUCGCAGCCAAAGUCCAUAUGCCAGCAUCAUCCCAUUCUCAUUCCGUCGCUCAUCCCCCUUCUUCCUCCGUCGACGACCAUCCGCGGUGGAUUUGGCGUUGAGCGAGGAACGGUCGCGCUGCGACGAGGAUGCUAUUGAGCGAGUGGGAUUGAGCAUGAUGGAACCGCGUCCAGUGGACCCCGUCCCUAUCGCGAUGGGUUUGAAUACCAACGUUCUCAGCGAUAUCGCGAGUCAACGAAGCUCGUAUGCCCCGUCGUCUCAGGGCUCGAUUCGUGGCGGCUCACAACCGCGAUACGUGAUGGGCGGUAUUAUUGAAGUUAUGGAGGGGAGUGCUUAA